AUGCCGGUGAUGAAGGGGUUGCUGGCCCCGCAGAACACGUUCCUGGACACCAUCGCCAGGCGCUUCGAUGGCAGCCACAGCAACUUCAUCCUGGCCAACGCUCAGGUUCACCGCGGCUUCCCUAUCGUCUACUGCUCUGACGGCUUCUGCGAGCUCACCGGCUUCGCCCGCACCGAGGUCAUGCAGAAAAACUGCAACUGUUGCUUCCUGCAUGGGGCCGAGACCAGCGAGUCCGUCCUGCAGUGCAUCGAGAAGGUGCUGGAUGGGAGGCAGGAGUACCAGACUGAGGUCUGCUUCUACAAGAAGGGCGGAGCCGCCUUCUGGUGCCUGCUGGACAUUGUGCCCAUCAAGAACGAGAAGGGGGAGGUGGUUCUCUUCCUCAUCUCCUUCAAGGACAUCACGGAGAGCCGGGGCAAGAGCCACCCGGGCGACAGGCGAGAUGAGAAGCACCGGAACAAGAAGGCAGGGAGCUCCCACCUGCGGGCGGCACGCAGGCAGGGCCGGACGGUGCUGCACCAGCUCACCCGCCAGUUCACCGGCAAGGAGCGGGGCGAGAUGAAGAUCAACAGCAGCGUGUUUGGGAGCAAGCCGUCCCUUCCCGAGUACAAAGUGGCCUCGGUGCAGAAAUCCCACUUCAUCUUGCUGCACUACAGCGUCUUCAAGGCCCUGUGGGACUGGCUCAUCCUGCUGGCCACCUUCUACGUGGCUGUCACCGUCCCCUACAACGUCUGCUUCACCAGCACCGAGGACAGUCUGACCGCCGCCCGCAGCACCAUCGUCAGCGACAUCGCUGUGGAGAUGCUCUUCAUCCUGGACAUCGUCCUGAACUUCCGCACCACCUACGUCAGCCAGUCGGGGCAGGUGGUGUACGACCCCCGUUCUAUCUGCAUCCACUACGUGGCCACCUGGUUCUUCGUGGACCUGAUCGCAGCCCUGCCCUUCGACCUCCUCUACGCGUUCAAUGUUACCGUGACCUCGCUGGUGCACCUGCUGAAGACCGUGCGUCUGCUGAGGCUGCUGCGCCUGCUGCAGAAGUUGGAUCGCUACUCCCAGUACAGCGCCAUGGUGCUCACCCUGCUGAUGUCCGUGUUCGCCCUGCUCGCCCAUUGGCUGGCCUGCAUCUGGUACGUCAUUGGCCGGAAGGAGAUGGAAAGUAACGACCCUCUGACCUGGGACAUCGGCUGGCUCCACGAGCUGGGCAAGAGGCUGGAGGCGCCCUACAUCAACAGCUCCAUGGGGGGCCCGUCCGUCCGCAGCACCUACAUUGCUUCCCUCUACUUCACCCUCAGCAGCCUCACCAGCGUGGGCUUUGGCAACGUCUGCGCCAACACCGACGCGGAGAAGAUCUUCUCCAUCUGCACCAUGCUGAUCGGAGCCCUGAUGCACGCCGUGGUGUUCGGCAACGUCACGGCCAUCAUCCAGCGCAUGUACUCCCGCCGUUCCCUCUACCACACCCGCAUGAAGGACCUCAAGGACUUCAUCCGUGUGCACCGCCUCCCGCAGCAGCUCAAGCAGAGAAUGCUGGAGUACUUCCAGACCACCUGGUCGGUGAACAACGGCAUCGACGCCAACGAGCUGCUGCGCGACUUCCCCGACGAGCUGCGGGCCGACAUCGCCAUGCACCUCAACAAAGACAUCCUGCAGCUGCCGCUCUUCGAGACAGCCAGCCAGGGCUGCCUGCGUGCCCUCUCCCUGCACAUCAAGACCUCCUUCUGCGCCCCUGGCGAGUACCUGCUGCGCCAGGGCGAUGCCCUGCACGCCCACUACUUUGUCUGCUCCGGCUCUCUCGAGGUCCUGAAGGACAACAUGGUGCUGGCCAUCCUGGGCAAAGGGGACCUGAUCGGGGCCGACCUGCCCAGCAAGGACCAGGUUAUCAAAACCAAUGCGGACGUUAAGGCGCUGACCUACUGCGACCUGCAGUACAUCACCCUGCGCGGCCUGGUGGAGGUGCUGGAGCUGUACCCCGAGUACUCCAGCAAGUUCAUGGCCGACAUCCACCAGGACCUCACUUUCAACCUGCGGGAAGGCAGCGAGAUCGAGGGACUCCUGCGAUUUCCCAGAUCCCCUCGGUUAUCCCAGCCUCGCCCCGACUGCAGCGCCAGCCCCGAGAAGCCCCUCCACUCCAUCCUGGAGGACAAGGAGGAGCCCGACGACGUCUUCCACCCUUCGCCUGCCAGCCUGACCCACCACAAGCUGCUGCUGCCCACCCUGCACAGCCCUGUGCGGCGUGGCUCCCUCAGCAGCCUGCUGGGCGACGAGCUGCGCCAGUUCUCAGCUCUGCGCCGCACCUGUCGCUCCCCUGCCAGCUGCAGCCGGGGCAGGAGCCCCUCUCCACGGUGUCUGAGAGACGGCGAGAGCAGCAACGGCCGCAAGCCAGCCAAGCUCCUGAUCCCCUCCCUGCAUACCUCCGGCCCCCCGGACCUGAGCCCCAGGGUCGUUGACGGGAUUGAGGAUGAUGGCGGGACGUCGGAGAUGCAAACCUUCCAUUUCAACGUGGAGCCGCCUCGGCAGAGUUUGGUCGUAGACUCGCCGACGUCCGGGACGGAUGAGGCCAGCCCAGCCUUAGGCGCAGAAGCAGAGGAAAUGAAGCAGAACGUCAGCAGACUGAACCAAGAGAUCAAUAACCUCAACCAGGAAGUUUCCCACCUCAGCCGGGAGCUGCAGCAUGCCUGAUGCACCUCCAGAGCCAGCUGCCGUGCACCCCAGCCUUGGGCUGCCCCUACGGCCUCCCCGUGCUCUCCUCCCCGCCCCCGAAACCCAGCAGCAGGAGCGAGCAGCCGCCCAGACUGCCCCUGGCAGCAGUGCCGCCUCUUACGCCUUCGGCUCAUGCCUCCAUCUCGGUGCCGCCGUCACCACCGCCGGGGGAUGCUGGAGUCUCUCCUGGCACCACCUCUGCUGAGGUCCCUGGCUCCCGGAGCUCGCCCCCAGUCAGCUCCCAGGAGCCGGAGGGGCUCCACGCUCCCAGAGACUCACCCCAUUGCCGCCUGCCCCGGGCAGAUGUGCGUGGGGCCCACCUCCCACGGACACAAGCUGCCCCACUCUGUGGUCAGACUCCCAGUCUUCCCUACUCGCUCGCAGGCUCCCCGGUCCUGUGCCCUCUGCCCUCGCCCCCUGCCGGCCCUGGCCCGGCCUUCCCCAACUGCGCCGCUCAGAGCCACCCCCCGCCACACUUCCGCUGCACAUCAGACUGGGAAAGCUUCCAUUGACGCCCCCCUGCCUUCUGCCCAGAACCCUCUGCCGUGCCCCUGCCUCUCGUACUGCUCGCCUGGGUGCUUGCAGCAACCAGCAAGCGGAUGGAGUGCGCUGGGGGGGCCUCGCCAGCAGUUCCCGGUGAUGUCGCUGGGAUGAGGCUCCCUUCUGCCAAGCGUCGAUUUUCCUUCUCUUGGCAGGUGUAAUUGCAAGAGUUGGGGCCAGGCGGGGGGUGGACAAGAGCCCCCCGCGGCUCUUCCAGGGCACUUCCCACUCCAGCUGUGACCCCACCUGCUCACAGCGCAGUGGAGCUGGCGCAUUUUCUACAAAAUGACAGUUUGUUGUGUGACGAGGAAUUUAUUCUGAAAGCCUUAGAACUCCUCAGAGGACUGUAAACACAAGCCUGUCCUCUGCCCCCCGGACCAGCCCCAUGGGCGCCCUGCAGGCCUGGAGCAACCCACCAAGCCAGGUACCUCUCGCUCUCCAGGUGGGGGUUCGCUACGCGCUCCCAUCUUCAGUAUGUUUUCGCCUGAAUUGAACAGGGUCCGGUCCCGCGGGGUGGGGGCUGCGCCAGUGGCUCAGCGGGGUCGGGCUGGGACGGGCCAGGUGUAAUUUUCGGAGUGAACGGCUGGUGUGAGACGCACAAUGCUGGAACCAGCCCCGGCAAGCCCGGACCAGCUCUGGCUGACCCCACCCAACUCUAUGGAAGUCCCCGGGGCAGUAGUUUGCAGGCCUGGACUGUGCAACCCCUGGGCCAGUCCUGUAAUCUCUUCCCCCUGGGCCAAUUCAGGGCCGCUUUGUGUUCGGCAACUUAGGGCUCGGUUUCGAGGUGUUGCAGGGUUGUGUAUGGGACUCGCCUUACGGCUGUAGCUGGGGGAGGGGCAGGCUCUGCCCAUUUGGGGAGUGUGACAGCAACUCCCCUUGUGCUGGGGAUCACAUCUACACCUGCUACACAACCCUCUCCCUCCGCUGCCCAAGCUGUGGCUCCCCAAAACUGCAUGUCCCAGCGUGUGGGGGCUCAGCGCGUGCGAGGUUCCGCUGCCCCUACAUGCUGGAUUUGUCACCCCGCUGUGGGGGGUGGAAGGGGACGUGCACGUGAUCCAUCAGCGUCAGCUGUGUGAGAUCUGUUCCCACACAGCCCUGCCUGACUACCCUGGAGUUCUCUGCACUGGCUGGGGGCUCUCGUCCGGGCACGUGCACGCCCCACCCAGCCUCUGGAGCCUGCAGGCACACGGGGCCAUGGCUGGCUCUGAGAUGGAUUUCAACUCCUCUUUUGCCACCAAGUGCCCAUGCUCGGGAGCCUGCACGGUGGCAUUUCCCAGCCUGCUCCCCCCAUCAUGGGACCUCAGCUGCACCUGCCACAAGCUGCCAGGGUCUCCUGCUCCUCUGGGUGGAGGAGUGGGGGGCAGGGGAAGGUCGGAGGAACCCAGCUCCAGGGAGCCUUAGUGCUCAGGUUUAGGGUAGCAGGGGAAGCCCCUUUGCCCAGGUGGAAAUUCCCCAUAAAACUGCCUGUUCCCACUGCCCCGGGCACAAGGGCAGGCCCCGGCCAGGCGGGGUCACUUUGCGGCCAGCAGCCCCAGCUCUGCAAACCAGCAUAUGGGGGGGGGGGGGGGGCCCCAAGAUUUAAAGCCUUUUGAUACUUUUUUUCCCAAAGGUUUUUUAAUAUUUUUUAUUUCCUGGUGGGAUUUUUCUCCCCCACCCCCGAUGACAGGGAUGGGCAGCUCUGGGCCAGCACAGGGGGCGGGAGCUGGUGCUCCGGGCAGGCAGGCACGGCUGGUGCUGCUGUCUCUAUGGCUGGGGACAGGCAGUGACUCGGCCCGUGCAUUGAGUUUGGGGGGCUCAGGCCUGUUCUCAGUGGGCCAAGGUAGUCACGCACUCAAGCCCCAGCACGCCUGGCACUCCCUGGCCCCCUUGUCAGCAGGCUCUGAGAGGGGCAGCCGAGACAGAGCCCCCAGCUCAGCCCUGUCCUAGGCUGGGAGCGCAGGCUCCAGACUGCCGGGCUCAGCACCGGCCCUCGCUCUGAAAAGCAAAGGAGCCCGCAGGACGGGCCUGGCUGGGCGAGGGGAGGUAACAGCUCGGGACGCCGGGGUCCUCAUUCCCGGUGACACCUGCUCAGCCUCUGGCGGCUGGGAGGUUUCCCGAAUGGCCUUUGGGGACUGUCGAGGCCCAUUCCCACCAUGGAGCACUCAGCUGGGGGCCGGCCUGUCAGCAGUCGGGGGUCAGCUGAGCCUCCAGGACAAUGGGCAGAGCUGGGGGGUGGGCGCAGGGCACUCUCUGGGUGCGCCAGCAGUAAGCCCCCCACUCUCACCCCAGCGCUGCCUCUGAUUCCCCGUAACAUGUCCGUGGAACCCCCGGCCUGCCCCAUGGGCUCAUGGGUAAUCCCCCCCCCCCCGAUACAGCAUGACAGUCGUCCCUGCGACUGUUGGCCACUGUCCUGGGAACAGGCAGAGCCCUCCCUGCGCCGAGCUCUGGCUGCUUGUCCCAGGAGUGCUGCACCGGGCCGGCUAUUCAGGGUGAGCACGUACUCAGCCACGGGGGCACUGCCCAAGGAGACACCUCUGUUGGCGUCCUUCCCCUCCCCCCACUGUGCCCCCCAUCCCUCUCCUCCCUGGGCCAGAGGCGCACUGACCCCAGCCUUGGCCCCUCUGCUGCUGCAGCACUCGGCUCCCGCAGGGAAGUUUUGUGCUUCCCUAGAAUUUUGUUUCAUUUUAUUUUUAAUACCCCCCCACACCUUGUCUGCCACCAGCAUGCGCCACCACUGCUACCCACUGCCCAGCCACCACCUCCAGGUGCUGCAGAGACACAACCUGUAAUAAAAGCUCUAUUUUUACAGCCCUGGCUCUGGGUGGUAGUGUCCCUGCUGCUUGGGGCAGGGGGCAAGGUUGUGCCCCGGGGCAGGGUUGUGCCCCUGCUGCCUAGGAAGUGGGGUGGACUAGAUACCUCCUGAGGUCCCUUCCAACCCUGAGAGUCUCUGAUUCUAAAUGGCACAGUCCAUGGCCGGAGCAGAAGGGGUUGGAGAGAAAUGGGGGUGAGGGAGGGCUCCAUGGCUAUUUGGUUCCCAAAGUACCUGGCACCCCAGAGCCCCUCGCUGCAAGGCCCCUGUAUGUUCCAGCUCCCAGACUCCUGAGAGCCCAUGUCCCCAUUCGCAGCUCCCACCCUGGCUGACGGGGAGGGGAACCUUUGCAUCUGCAUCAAUGCCAGCUGGCUCCAUCUGCUGAGCCCUCCAAUGGCGCUCGCUGGGAUCCCCCGUGACCAGUUCAGGGCUCGCCACCCCCACACCCAUUAGCCAUCACAGCCACCUGGGCGGGGCUGCCGGAGGUGGGGUCCCAGCCUUGCCCCAGACCCCUCGAGCUGCAGCCCCAUGGGCAGACAUUAGCAUUUGAAGGUUUAAUUGAGCUGUUUUGCAUCUGCAAAGUGCUCUCACAUGGAGAGCUGUUCCUGUAAGCUGCCUUCCUCCACACACCUCCUCCCAGCACCAGCUGCCCACGAAGAAGAUUUAAUCUGCAUUAUUUAGUAUUCAUUUUUAAAGGAAACAAUGAAGUGGCAAAGGCUUCACGCUGUGGCUGGUAGGGGAGCACGUGGGCGCAGUGCCCCCGGGAACAGCUAGCAGCUUCUCCAGCCAGAUGUGGGGGAGGCUAUAUUGUGUGGGAGCCGGGUGCUCCGAAGCAGGAGAGGGGCCAAGGUUGUUCUGGGGCUGGGGAACUGGCUUUUCUCCUCCACAUCCCACGUGGCUCGGAUUCAGAGGGAGCUGUGCAGUGGCCUCCCGGUCCCCCAUUCACCAUCCCCGCUGGUGUUUUGUCUGCCAGGACCCUGACGGGCCAGCUGAACUCUCCCCUAUCUGUGCUGCUGUCUCUCUCUCCUCUCUCUCUGUGUGCACGUGCGCGCACAAACAGGUGGGAGGGGUUCUUGCACAACUGCUGCCUGUAUUGCCCUGCUUCAGGCUCCAGGGCCCUGUCUGCCUGAAUCCCACCCUCACCUGCUUGCCUGAGCACCAGGACUGACCAAAACCCCUGUGUUUAGUGGGGCCGCGCCCGCCUGCUGCCCAGGCUAGCCAGGCAGGGGGACAGUUAACUGUUGGCUCCUUUUCCUGGCAGGCCAGCCCAGCUCUUGGGCACCAGGAUCCACCUGUCCUUGCCCACAGGGCUGCUGGCACUCAGCAUCCAUAGAUUGGCCAGCCUGUUUACUGGCACCCUGCUCUCUAGUAUCGCAUGGGGGCAGCGGUUUUAAUGCUGAUGUGCAGCAGGGUCUCUACGUGCUCCGUGGCACUCACCCAGCCUACUCAGUGACUGGGGACCCCUUACUGAGUUCCCUGGCACUGCCUUGUCUCUGGCAGCUCGGUUCAUCGCGGGUUCUCUGCCCGCCCUGCCCCAGCCAGACUCUCAGGCCCCAGAGAGGAGGGCAGGGAUGUGCAAAUCUCCCCUAGGCCCAGGGCUGGCGCCAGCAGGUCCCAGGUCUCUGCUAGCAACAAACAACAUACACAGCGUCACUGCUGGCAACGCAGCCUCUUCUCUAACGAGACCUCUGGGUGGGUUGCAUCACCUGCUCUCCAGUCAGCAGGGGCUGGCAGAGGAGCUGCCAUGUGGCUGCAGGCUGCUUGGCCAAGCCAACGGGAGGGAGCAGGUCGCUGAUCCAAUCCUCCAAGCCAGCCAGUCCCUGUGGCCCCCUAUGCCCCUGCAUCCAUUGAUCCUUGUGCUUAACGAGCUGCGUGCUGGACCCUGCACUGCGCUGAGUCACAGCAAUGCCACAACAGCUCCCCAGAGCCCCCCAGUGUAACCGAGCCCAGGACCCAUCUCCCAGCCCUGAGCACCCACACAGAUCCUGCAGCCAGCUCCUACCUCUGCCUGUUAAAUUCUCUCUUCCUGUCAGGCCAGGCCCAUGCCCUAGCAACCUGUCGGGCCCUGGGUACCUCCAGCUGCUGGUUCCACCCUUCCCUGGGAGGCAUUUUGAGCCCCAGAGCCCUCAUCUCCAGGGCGCUGCACAAGGCUGCACUCUGCUCUCCUGGCCAGGAGGCACUGCUGCAGAAGAUAUGGUGGCUGUUCUCCGUGAUGGUGCCCCCACUCCAGGGGCGGCGGGAAGUUCCCCUCCUCCAGGGAUGUCCACCUCACCUAUCUCCAACCCCUUUCUCUCCAAUGUUCAUUGGCUACUCUCUGCACAAAGGAUCCCCUUCACCCACCACUGAAAUGCAGCCACCUCUGGGGAGGCUGCAUAACGUGCCCUGUAUGCAGCAGCAGCAGCGUCUGAACCCAGAACCUUCAGCAGCACUGCACAGCCCUCUCGUGCUGGAAGUAGCUGGUGCCAGCCUCCAGAGGGAGGCACAGCCCAGCCAGCACCCAGCCAGGGUGGACGGGGCAGAAGUGUCUCCUAAGCAUGGAGCAGCAGCCUGGGUUUGCAGGGCUGGGUCCUCCCAGCACCCCAGGGCUGAAUCACCUGUAGCUGGGUCACCCAGCACAGCCUGGGUUGGCGGUUGGACUUGGGCAGAGUUUGCCUCCUUCUGUGGGGGGUAAGAGGGGAGAUGGGGACACCAGGGCUGUCUGGAAACAACAUCCCCGUCCAGCUACCCUCGUGGCCAGCUCCAGCCUUGGGCACAGGGCUGACUGUGUGGGUGCAGCAUGGCACACGUCUUCCAAUGCCCCCACCUCCUUGCCGAGCUAACGCUUGCCCCUCCACACACCCAGCCCCAGCCCGCAGGCUUUGCUGGCCCAGAACCCCUCCCCAUCACAGCCCGAGUGCUUUCAAUGCAGCUAAGGCGGAUCCAGGCAAUUCAAGGGAUCCCCCUUCUGCCACCAGGGCAAAUGACAGCCCUGCUUGGCUGCCGGCCCCUGCCCAGGCUCCU